ACUGACUUCACAGUGAAGAAGGCUCUCUGUGUUUCGUCGAGGUUUAAGCCACGAAAGAGAGAACAUAGUCUCACAGACUUGUGUGUAGAUGUUGAAGACGUAUUUAAAGCUAAACAGCCCACGGAUUUAUCAGAUUUUUUUUUGUGAUAUCAGUUGGAUUUUGAACACCCUUUUCGAUUAUUUGUUGCCAUUAUGGCAAACCGAGGAUCUCUCACUUACCUAUCCGCAAGAUGGCGAUUGUUUUAUGGAUUUCGACGUGAAAUAGGACUGCUUAUGUUGCUGCUUCAUGUAGUUAACAUGGUAGGUGGACAGAUUCGUUAUUCGGUACCAGAGGAGAUGAAGAAAGGCUCUGUCAUUGGUAACGUAGCGCAAGAUCUUGGUUUAGAUCUGAAAAGGCUCCGUUCAGGGCGGGCCCGGAUCGUGACCGGAGAAAACAUCCAGUACACCGAGCUGAAGACAGACAAAGGGAUUCUCGUCGUGAAUGAGCGAAUAGACCGGGAGCAGCUUUGUGGAGACGUAACGCCGUGCAGCUUCAGCUUCGAGGUGAUUUUAGAAAAUCCAAUCGAACUGCACAGAAUAACUGUUGAAGUUUUGGAUAUAAAUGAUCACGCUCCCGUCUUCCCAAAUAAAGAUAAGCCUAUCCGUUUUGAAAUAAGCGAAACAGCUGCAGUUGGGGUGCAGUUUCCAUUGCAGAGUGCAGAUGAUCUGGAUGUGGGACAAAAUGCGUUGCAGGAUUAUAUCUUAUCACCAAACGACAAUUUUAUAUUGAAGCAACAUGCAAAUCCAGACGGAAGUAAAAAUUGUGAAAUUGUUCUCCAGAAGCCUCUAGACAGAGAACAACGUCCUCAUUUGUCUCUAAAAUUAUUCGCAGUGGACGGAGGAACACCACAGAGAUCUGGUACAGUAAAUAUAGAAGUCACUGUCUUAGAUGCUAACGACAAUGCUCCAGUGUUUAACCAAUCAGUGUAUAAAACACAUGUGAUGGAAAAUACGAUGAAAGGCACGAGUAUUAUUACAGUGAAUGCCACAGACGCUGACAGCGGUUCAUAUGGAGUAAUUUCUUACAGUUUGUCUAAAAUGAAAGGAAAUGCAGAAGAUAUAUUCAUCAUUGAUGAAAUCACCGGCACAAUUUCUGUGUCUGGUCAGAUAGAUUAUGAAAAAGACAGAAAAUACGAAGUAAGGGUAGAGGCAAAGGAUCAGGGUGGUUUAAUUGGAACAAGUAAAGUUAUAUUUGAUGUCCUUGAUGUUAACGACAAUGCCCCAGUUAUAAAUGUAAUGUCAUUUUCCAGCCCUUUGUCUGAGGAUGUGCAUCCUGGGACAACAGUUGCUGUUUUCAAUGUAAAAGAUGUAGAUUCUGAAAAAAAUGGACAAAUAGCAUGUUCUAUAGAUGGAAAACUUCCCUUUAAGAUUGAGUCAUCUCUAACUAACUAUUACAAUCUGAUCUCAGAUCAACAUUUUGAUAGAGAGUCCGUCUCAGAAUAUAACAUAACUAUAAGAGCCAGUGAUUUAGGAUCCCCCCCUCUUUCCAGUUCAACAAAAUUACAUCUUAAAAUCUCUGACGUAAAUGACAACGCGCCAGUAUUUGAUAAAAACAGCUAUUCUGCUUACGUCACAGAGAAUAACUCACCUGGAGUUUCCAUAUUUGCUGUCAGCGCGCGAGACUCUGAUUGGAAUCAAAACGCGAGAAUCUCGUAUCUUUUAGAAGACACACAAGUCAGUGGUAGUCCAGUUUCUACUUAUGUGUCUUUAAACUCUGAAACUGGAGUAAUUAGCGCGGUUCGUUCCUUCGAUUAUGAGCAAAUUAAACAAGUUCAGCUAGUAGUCAAAGCGCAGGAUGGAGGCUCUCCUCCACUCAGUACUAAUGUGACUGUGAAAGUGAUGGUUCAGGACCAGAACGACAACCCUCCUCAGGUUCUGUAUCCAGUCCAGACUGGUGGCUCUCUGGUGGAUGAAAUGGUGCCUCGUUCAGCAGAUGUGGGCUAUCUGGUCACUAAAGUGGUGGCUGUUGAUGUGGACUCUGGACAGAAUGCCUGGCUCUCCUAUAAACUGCAGAAAGCCACAGACAGGGCGCUGUUUGAAGUGGGCUUACAGAAUGGAGAAAUAAGAACUAUCCGCCAAGUCACUGAUAAAGAUGCUGUGAAACAAAGACUGACUGUUAUAGUGGAGGACAACGGGCAGCCCUCUCGUUCAGCUACAGUCAUUGUUAACGUGGCGGUGGCGGACAGCUUCCCUGAAGUGCUGUCGGAGUUCACUGACUUUACGCACGACAAGGAGUACAAUGACAACCUGACUUUUUACUUAGUGCUGGCUUUGGCUGUAGUUUCCUUCCUCUUCAUCACGUGUUUAGUGGUUAUUAUAUCAGUGAAAAUCUACAGAUGGAGACAGUCUCGCAUCCUGUAUCACUCCAACCUCCCUGUGAUUCCAUAUUAUCCACCACGUUACUCAGACACUUUGGGGACAGGGACUCUCCCACACGUGUACAACUACGAGGUGUGCAGGACGACUGACUCCAGAAAGAGUGACUGUAAGUUCGGCAGAGCUGGUAGUCAGAACGUGCUGAUAAUGGACCCCAGUUCUACAGGGACGAUGCAGCGGAUACAGAGUGAGAAGAGCAUCCUGGAUGAACCAGACUCUCCUCUAGAGGUCAGUUUCAUAAUCUAGCUUCGUCUUUAUGUAGUUAUUUCUCCUGCUGUGUUGUAGAUACAUUGACAGUAAACUUUUUUGCUUCAUAUCUUAAUUUUCAGCACCAUGGACAGCGUCUCACUGCAUCAUUUGCUUCCGUGUUCACAUUCAGAGCUUUAAAAAAAAUAUUAACUACAUAAUCAAAGAGUGAUAUAUCGCGUUAUUUUACAGAUCACUGUUAUCUAGUAGAAUUGUGUACUGGAAUUAACUGACAAUUCCCUAAAUAAUUUAGCUUCGUCUCUAUGUCUUCAUUUUACUUAAUGUGUUUAGUUACACUGAGCGAACUGCUGCACCCCAUACCGUCGUUUUCAGCACCAUCUCACUCUGUGUCACUCGAUAUCAAUACCCCUUAUUUAUUCCUAUGUAAUACUUUGAUCGUUAUAGUGUCCUUCAGUCUUAGUCAGUGGUAUUCGGUAUUAUUAUUCUGCAAUGGCACGGGUUUUAGAUAACUGGAUUUUGUGUUAACACGGGUUGAUAACUUGCUAGUUUUUAAAUGUUCUUCUACAGGGUUGGUGAUUCCUUGCAUUUCAAUGCAUAUAUUCGCUAUUGUUGGAAACAAAUGGUUUGCAUUUGUCUUGAAUGAGCAUACUGUCAAUUAAAAAUGCUCCUUUCACUGCUCUCAUUAAACAACCACUA